CAUGAGACUGUUAUCCGACUGAAUGGUGUAACAACGUUGAUUGAAAUUAAUGAAGGACAUACGAGGAAAAUAUUGACAUACAACUAAACAGUUGUAAAACUAUAGGAAACAUUAGUGUGAACGUAAACUUCCGGAAGUAUGCCGAAGACAUGGGAGCUUCAGAGGCCAUCAUUGCCUGCAUGUUGAAGAUUGAACGAAAUUUAAGUGUCCAGAACACUGGCUGUAUGGCACUGACGAAUCUGUCAGCAAAUGUUCCAGAUAACAAGUUCCGGAUCUUGAAGAAUGGAGGUGUUCAUGCAGUAUUACAGGCUAUGACAAACAACAGAGAAGAUGAACCGUUGCAGCUGAAUGCUCUCAAAUUACUCUGUAAUCUUAUUGAAUCUGACAAAGGCUGUUGGUGGAUUGCCGAGGAAAGCGGUAUCCAAAUUAUCUCCAUGACCUUGAAGUCUUACUGCCAUUCUCCAGAUAUUCUCAACUUUGGAUGCACAUGCCUAGCAAACUUGCCGAGAAGAGGUAUAAACGCAGUUGCUCUUGAAAGUGUGGAAUCUAUAUUACUUUAUCUCAGACUCUCCAUAUCUACUAGUGUAGAAGUUGCAAGGGCACUGGGUACCUUUUACGAAAACUCUCUUAAAGGAGGUAAAGAAUGCAAGAAACUUUUCAACAAGAAUGCCAUGGAGAAAAUAAUACGUGUAAUGCAGGACUUUGAUGACAUUGAUGUGCAGAUCAGUGGUUGUAAAAUCAUUGCUCAGGUUGCUAUAGACAAGGAUAUUGAGCUUCUAUCGAGAGAGGUUAUGGUCGUUCUGUUAUCAAAAAUGAAGAAAUAUGAAGACAACAGUAACAUACAACUGAUAUGUUCCGGAAUAAUCUCUUACCUAUCAGCGUCAGAGAAGGGUCUGGAGACGUUACAGGAGAUGUGUUGUAUAGAUGUGCUAAUACAGACCAUGAAAGCUCAUUUACAAAAUGCCGACAUCAUUGGAAUCUGCCUGGUAUCAUUGGAAAACAUCUGCAAAGCAGAUUUAGUACGAGGGACAACCACUCAGAACGUGUGUGACGCAGUAGCUUUGUCAAUGACAGCACAUCCUAACGAUAAAGAGAUACAACUGGGCGCCUGUCAUAUUCUAUCCAUUAUUGGAACAGGGUUUCAUAAACAAAAUGAACUACGCCGCCAAAGUGUUGACUUUUUAGAGCCGUUGGCCUCCGUUGUGCAUAGAAAAAGUGUAACUGAAGAAAUUCUUCAGGUUGCGUCAGCAGCUAUACAUAGACUUAAGAAAUUUACUGAUGACGUCCUGGAGGACAGAAGCGAUGUUUCCGAAUGUAGUGAAGACAUAUCCCACGGAAUUGAACUCCAAAGUACAAAUUUGACAGCACCAAGGAAUUCUCUGAUAAGUGACGUUUCAACUGAAAAGUCAGAUUCGACGUUAGAUGAGGACUAGGUUGAAAGGGGAUGGGCGGUGUUAAUGUGGAUGGUCGAUGUUGAUGUACAUUGGUGGUGUCCAUGUGCAUGGGCGGUGUUCCUGUGCUUGGGUGGUGUUAAUUAAUAAAGUUGCUGAUCUACAAUCCAAAUCAAAUGAAAAUAGUUUAUUGCAUUAGAACUCCCUUCAAUUAGACGCCUUGCAAUUUUUUAGAAUUAUUUUAAGAGGUAGAUAUUUGGAUAUCAUCUACUAUGUGGCAAUACACUUAUUUAAGGGCUCUUUGUUUGAAAUAAUUUCCAACAUACACUGAGAUUUUAGAAGAACCAACAGAAUUUGACUUUUACACAAUCAACCAAUCAUCAUUCUAACACCAAACUAUUUUUCAUUUUGAUUUCUGUAUUAUUUGUGUUGUAUGGAUGUUUUGUAUUGUAUUUUAGAUGUAUAUGCGAGUUUAAUUUUGGUCAUACAAAACUAUCAUGGUCUUUUAAACAUUGUUAAGAAUUGCAUCAUAACAUUUUGAUUUUAGAUAAUCUGUAAUGAAAUAUACUGUUUUAAGAAUAGUAAAUGUCUAAAACAUACACAGACAAUUAUUUCAGAUUUUCAAAUUCAGUCUAAGUAUUUGUUUUUUUUUAAUUCAGUCUAUGUAUUGUAUCUUGUGCAAUUUUUUAUCCAGUUGAAAUAUGAUUUACUUAAUUAUAUCAUAAAAGAUAUUAUCUAUUCUUAUACUUUUGAUCAGGAAAGAGUAAUGCACUAUCUGUGUUUUAAUUGUUCAGAUGCAUGUUUUACGCGGUGAAACCCUGCUUGCAUAUUUUAAGGAACUGGAAUCUUUCCGCUAACGUUUCAAUGCACGUCUUACCCUUAAUUUUAACCAAAGUAUUUUACGUACAUGUAUAUUUAUCAAAGAUCUAAAAUAAAUUUUAUUAAAUUAUUUAAGACUGAUCUAUGAAAUUAUUCGAACCGGGCGUUUUUCUGUCUUGUUUUAUCCCGAUCUUAUCAGCAUUUUUGGUCAAAUCGUGGCGGUCGGUCGUCAAACCGGCUUUCUCGGACAACAAAACAUUACUAACCAAUUUUACAGCAUUAGACUGACCAUAAAUCAGCGGUUAGAGAUAAAUGACCAUUAGGGAAAAAAUCUCUUCCGUCUAGGUUCGAACCAGCGAUCCGUAGAUUAAGAAUCUCGGGCUAUAAUUACAGAAGGAUUAUAAUUUGUCGUUUGUUUUAAUUGCUUUCCUUGUUAAGCUAAACGGACAGACAACAUCGAAAUAAUUUGUUAACAUCAGUCAGAAGUUUAAUGUUCGGUUUUAACUGAAUCUUUUAUUUUUUAAAACGUGUUUUAUAAUAACAAAAUGAAAUAGAGAAAAAAAAACGAAUCCCUAAAGAAAGCCCAACAUCACAAAAUUGAAAAUGUUGGAAGGAUUGCAACUGUACAAAUUUGGUGAAAUCCGUCCAGUAGUUGAGGGCCAAGCGAAACCAUUUUAACCAUUGUUUAAUCUAAUUGAUAUUUAUUUAGGUUGAACAAUAAUAGUUUUAACAAAUCAAUAGUAAAGUAAUUAUUAUUGGUAAUCAUAAUGAGUGUAAAGACGGCACCUGUAAUUUUACAUGAAAUGAGUGUUGUCAUUAUUGAAUUAGAAUGAUAUAACAUAAAAUCAAACAUUAUUGUAUACGUACUUAGCAAUUUCAUAUCAAUAUUGUUGCAAAUUCCCCCCAUUUCUGAUUGGUAGCCUACGGCUGGAUGUUGCGUUCCGUGAUCGCCGCUCUAUUUUGAUGAUCUUUGUACUCGUAUCGAUGAAUAGACAAUUACAGCUCAUGACAACACAUUUGUAUCUCUAUUAAUAAAAUACUUCUUUUUAUAACCGUAUCAGUCAUUGAGAAUACGAGAGUGUGUAUGUCAUAUACAUUGUCACAAGUUUGAACCACAGCUUUAGAUAUAUGUAUGUGUAUGUGUAUACAGAGAUUAUCUAAAUAAAGUCUCGACAGAUAUUGUA